AUGCCAUCCUCCAGUAUACCGGUCCCAGAUAGGGAUCUGGGAAAUUCUCCGUCUUCGCGAAAAGGUAACGUAGAGGAUUUACGAAGGCACAACAACAAACUAAAGUCAGAUUUGGAAGCGGAGCGCGCCAAGGUUCGUCAGGUUCUGCGCGAUAAGUCUGCAGAGUUGAAAAGGAUCCAGGACGGGUUUGAAAAGGAAAAGCAAAGAGCGGUCGAACAAGCGACGAAACGAUUGAUUACUGAACAUGCGGCAGAGCUAAAGAAAGCUCGAGAUAACACUGCUAAAGAGAAAGAUAACGAACUUCGACAAGUGCUUAAGUUCAAGGAGGAAGAAGUUAAGACUAUGAGGCAACAAAUUACUGAUGAAAAAGAGAAAAACAGACAUGCUGAGGAAGAGUUAAGAAGGGUUUUAGUCAAUAGGAGUAAGGAAGGAGAAGAUCAUUCUGAAGUGGAGCGAAAAUUACGCAGCGAGAUCGCUACACUCAAAGAACAGAAGCAAAAGGCUGAGGAACUAUAUCGAGCCAAAUCUUCAGCGGACAACGAAAAAGCUGAACUGAUACGUCGCUUGAAAGCCGAUCACGAACUCGAGCUUCAAAAAUUUGUGAAAGACUCGAAACGUGAAUCAAUUCAUAGUUUACAACAGAGGAGGUUGACCGAGAAGGCAUUAGAAGAAAAGGAGCAUGAACUAGCUUACAAGGAUCAUUUAGCAAGGAAACUCGAAGCCGAGAAGGACGACCUUCAAAGAAGAUUGUCUGGAGAUGUCGAGAUGUUGCGGCGAUCAACUCUUCGGACGGGCGCUUCGUUUGAUUUAGGUGCCAGCGAUCGCCUGGAUGAAAGCGUAAGUAUCGAUUUUGCAUGGAAAUUUGUUGCCUUUCUUCUUUAAAAAAUGCAAUAACGCUUGAAUAAUUUUUGGUUUUUGUUAGGUUUGUUGUGGAUUUAAACUAAUUAGGAUGGCUUCCUGCCGCUCUAUAUCGACAAAGUGCAAAUUGAUUUCCUUGUACACGUCCCAAUUGUCUAUAUUUAUAACAACAACGUACAAAGCCCUGCUUAUUCUUUAGUUUGAUUUCUAAUCGUGUUUAUAUCUGGUUUUUACAAUCAGUGAUACUUUGUUGGUUUAAACGGUGUUUUACUUCCGCCGAUAUGUCGUGAACAACUCGAUAUAACGUUCAAAUUGGAUUAGAGAAGAGUGGAUGAUUGAAAAGAUAUAACAACUUAUGACACACAAGGCGUUCUCUCUUGUUAUUUUGUUAAUCACGUCUUUAGAAAAUUUAAGUCUUAAAUGGUACAGGGAUCUUGCCUUUCCUGGUUGAAAAACUAUUAGAACAACUUGUUAGUAGAAAUUUAGCUCCUAGAAAUCAAUAUUCUGGGUAACAGCAGAAUUCUGCGUAACAGAGGUAUUGAUAUUAGACCGGCGUUCAGUGAAGGCUUUUAUGAGUUAAGACGGGCUGAGGAAACUGAUAAAAGCACUCAUUAACACAUCACUUUUAAAAUUUCUAUACUCAAGGGAUUUUUUUACCGAAAAUUGUUGACAUGAAUUUGCUAAAAUUCAGUAUAUUAUUUGUAAAGAUAUUGUUUGUUUUUUCUUCUUGUACCUCACCUCAAUAUUGAAUUGUUCGGGUAGGUAGUAGGUUUCCCCUUAAGAACAGUUCAUUUGAACCUCUUGAAGGUUAACAGUAAACAGAAAAUACUUUUGAAUGUUAUUGCAAACAUGAACAAAAUGAUUUUUGUAAGGAAUAGUGUAAGGCUGAUUUAGUGGUAUGGAAGGGUUAUGCUAGACAUCUUUUAUGGUUAUCUUUUAAUGACCUAUGUAUCCUUAUUUAGUCAAGUGUUUUUCAUUUUGUGGCCUUCAUUGUUAAUAUUUUUCAUUGUCAGUACAUUAUGGUGCGUACUUUUCCAGUUGUUUUUUUUUUUUAGUACAAAUUUACCAGAAUUUUUUAAAGUCAAACUACUGCAUGAUAGCAUAUUAUAUUUAUAUCAUAUUCACUUUUGCCAAAAUGGCCACAAUGUAUCUCAUUUUGAUUAUAAAUUUUGUUCAAAAGUAUUGCUCAAUUGGCAAAUAGUGCAUUUACAAUUUUGCAGUGUUAAUUAAGUGAGUGGGAAAGUUUUACAUAACAUGGGAACACGAUCUUUCUUUAGUAAGUGAUAAUGGUUUUCAUAUGGCGUCAGCAGGAGAAAGCUUUGAAAACAGGAAAAAAAAAGCAUCCAUGCUGAUGGCACUGACCCCUAGUUUUCUGUAAGAUUCUGUUUAGGCAAGUAUAAUUAUAAUAUGAGUGCGCAAAUUGUUAUUUUGCUAUCAGCUUAAUUAAGGAUAUUUCCUCUCCAAAGCUUUCAAACAAUAUUUGAUUAUAUCUAUUGCUUAAGUGCUAUCUGUUCUUUAUAUUGGUUGCCCUCCUCAUAUUUUUGGCCUCUAUUAUCAUUUCCUUCACUUCCCCCAUAAUUUUAAGCCACACACACCCAAAGGUUUUUUUUUUGUUCAUCAUAUUUCUUGCCUUUUUCACCUUCUUUUUAUCAGGUUUAAGGUUUACUUCUUUAAUAGGUACAAAAAUUCAGUAAUCUUUGUGAUUGUUUUUUUUUUUUGCUACCAUAAUCAUAGAGAUGCAGUGGCUAUUCAUGAUUUGAGAAAUGGAGUCUUUAUUCUUCCAUUGGCUAUUUUCCCAUUCCAUUUUCAUUUGGGUGUUAUCUUUUAAUUUUUUCACUUUUUCGUGUUGUUAAUUUUUUCUCAAAAGACAUAUGGUGGCAUGGCUUUUUUUAAGCAUUUAGUUGUUCUCUGUGUUUCUCAGAUAACUCUAUUACUUUCAAUGGACAAUAAUUUUCUAUUACAUUUAUGUUCAUUGAUCCAUGAUAUUUGUAAUAAUCACCUCUCUUAAUCAGCACAGUGUCCCUUUGCAAUUUGUUCCUCCAUUUUGUAUAAUUCAAGGGUAAUAACCCCAAAAUAGUUUCUAUUUAAGGAGCAGCAGGAAGUUUAAACCAAGGUGAAAAUUAUAGACAAAGUACCCUUGGAAUGGGAAUAGAAAUACAAUUGAAGGUGAUAUAGAAACUUUUUUCCACAGCCCCUUGUACGAAAAGAUAAAGAACGAGAGUUGAAAAAGAAAAAUGCUGAAUUACAAUCAAAGGUGGAAAGCUUAGAGAAAAAGUGUGCUGUACUGGAGGUUUGUCAUUUUUACUUUGUGAUAUUAUAUCAAUAAAGAUUGUGCGUUAUGAAAUUCUCAACUAACCAACUAUUAGCAAAAGAUAUAUUAGUUAUGUGUAUUUCUAUUUUUUUUUUUACUUGAACUUAUAUAAUGUUUCAGUUUACUAUGAAUUUCAGAUCAGUAUAAUUUCAGCUUAGUUUGGAUUUUAUUUUCCCUCUGUACUAGAUACACUGCUUUUGUCUUUAAACAAAGAAAAACUUUCUUGAAUUCAUUUUAACCUUAAAUCAUUUAAAACUACCACAAUGUUAAUAACAUGGAAUAGUGCUGGGCUAACCAGGAUGAUGAUAUCUGAUUUGUUUGUCAUUGAAGUUUUGUUAUCUUAACAUACAGUGUAGACGGGUUUGUUUAUGAAGUCUGAAUGUUGAGGGAACAAGUGUGUUAAUCAAGAAUGUCUAGUGUUUUCCUGUUUUCACAACGAAGAAAUGGCUGUUGUCUCUUAAGGAGGACUUAAUCCUUUAACUCCCAAGAUCUGAUUGUUAAUUCUCUCCUCUAGCUGCUACACAUUUCCUUGUAAAUUAGUUGUGAGAACUUGGUGCUAGAUCAAGAGAGCAGCUUCUAUCUUAUAAGUUAGAAUAAUUAUAAUUCUCAUUAUCUGUUUUGCUGAAUAAUAUAUGGAUGUUACAGGAAGAGGUUUAAGGUUUAAGGUUUAUGGAUAUUACAAAGAGAGGGUCUAUGAAUUGUAUUUAAUGUCAGCAUUUUCUCAAAGGAAAAUAAUUUUCAUGUGAUGUACAGUUGAAAUAUGUUUGUGUGGAGGCGGUUGAGUUGUAGUUCUUCAGGUCUCCAUUUAGCUUUUGUAAGACUUGAGGAUAAGAUACUCUCAAUAUAUUAUGUGAAUUCCUGUACAAUUUAUGCAGUUUUUGAAAACUCCUUUUAUUUCGGCUUAAACUCAAUGGACUUGUAUAUUUAUAUGUCCCUUUAUUGGGAAAAGAACUUGACCAUACUUUGGUAUGAGUUGUGCUUGGGAAAAGGUCUCUACUUUUCUACUGAAAAAGACCACAUAUGGGUAACCACAACCAGAAAAUAAAACCUUUUAUUCAAAGGAGUAGGGUUGCACUAGUGCAAGGUGACUGUCAGUGUCUAGACACAUUGAGAACUGAAGUAGACCAGAAACUAGAUGUACUAUUUCAAAGAUGAGUGUGAGGGUUUCAUCAGGGUUUUUCACAUGUUGUCUGCAAGUUUGUUGUAUUAAUAUUUAAAUUAACAAAUGAUGCCACUAGAAUGCGAUGCUUUAUCAAACUCAAGGGUUUGAUAUUUUUAUGAAACCCAUGGAUAGAAAGCAGCAUGCUUGGAAAAAAAGAUUUUGCAAUCAUAUGUCCUGUUGAAGUUGCAGUGUCAAUCGUUGAAGUGAGUUUCCAUGAUUUGAAAAAAAAAGGAUGAAAUUGUGAGAGAUACCAGCAUGUUUUCAAAUUGAUCAUGUUUCAUAUUGACAAAGUUUCACUGAUAAGUGAUGACAGUUACAGCUGUAUCUUCUUUUGUUUAACUCAAUUUUUCCGAAAUCUGCCUUCUUCAUCCAAGCACUACUGUGCUUUUCUUGUGUUUGCCAACUAGAAAAGUUUUUUUCAAUUGGAAAAGUUAGGUUCACACCUGGAAGUGUCCCUUGACAACAGAUUUUAAAAAAGUAAACAUUUUGGAAAACAUUUUCCAAGUGUGACCCAUGCAGUAGGUUAAAAUAUUAGCUUGAGUUAUCAAAGAUAUUUUUGAAAGGAAGUUGAAAGAAGUGUAUGCUAAGAGUUCUCCUCUCUUAAGGGAUUAUACCAUUAAUAUGAUCUCACCAGCUUUGCAAGGUAAUUGUCAAGAAGAUACUAAAUUUCAAAACUAUGUACACAUACCGUAUUUACCCGUGUAUAAUGCGCGCCCGUGUAUAAUACGCACCCUAAUUUUUUACCUCUUUUUUCCGAAAAAAAAGAUUUCAUGACAAAUACCAAGAAUUAAAACUUCCAUUUUUUCACUUAAUGAACAAGAGCUGGGAAUUCAUCAAUAAUAUGUUUACAACAAUUUCUAACUAGUUGCUACUACAAAUAUCGCACGCACCGAGCACCUAUUUACAAGCUUUUUUAUUCAGUAACAGUCAAACGUUUUAUAAAUGUUGUAACUUGAAGUCCUUAUUAAUAUACCUAAAUUCACAACUUGAAUUAUUAUCAUAACAGCCGUUCAUAAACAUUAUUUCUACUCACAGUACUGCUGGUAGCUUGAAUAUAAUUACUGCAUUGCAAUUGCGUGAUUUAAGUUAAAUGUUCAGUGUCUUUAAACAACGAAACCUUCAAAUUCCGACUCACAGUCCGAUUCGAAUAGGUUUUCGAUGACUGAAUCCUCAAGUUCAUCAGUGAUCUCAGUUGAAUUGUAAACCAAUUCAUCUUGUGAUCCAUUCGAAUUGUUUGUGCACCCAUACUUCAGAGAGAGGCAGCGAUCAUUUCUGAUGGAAUGCCUUCCUACGCUUGUGAAAUAUACGAACAGAUAAAUUCCUCCGAAGCCUUUUUUUGUUGUCCAGUAAGUUCGUGAAUUCCAUCAGCCAUCCACUCCUUUCGGACUCCAUCUCUAAAUGGUUUGUUCAAAGAUACAUCGAACGGCUGGAGAAGGGAAGUUCGUGUUUGAAGGAAGUGUUCACAGUAUCUGUCACGUGAGCUUCAAAUGAGUCGUAAAUAAGCAAGCUCUUUCUCCUCCCCAGGCCACCAAUCCGUGCACUUUUACUUUCUUUGUUGCGUUUUUAACGUAUGCAAAUUAGGACAUGCUUGACAAACAAUAGAAUCCGUGUAUAAUACGCACCGCGAUUUUGAUGCUUGUUUUUAUGGAAAAAAAAGUGCGCAUUAUACACGGGUAAAUACGGUACUUGAAACAACUUCUGUAGAAUGUUAUUUCCUGUGAUUAGAGUGUGAUCAAUGCUUUUCAGCUGAAACCAACAUUUUCCUUAAAGGAACAUUAUUUUUUUACCAUGUUAUGGGUAAAAUGUUUAUAUACAGAUAAUUAAGUGUAAUUUUUUUCAGCUGUAUGAAAGGUGCCUUCAGGUCAUCUGGCUUGCCAGAUUCAAAUGUUUGUGCCUGUUGAAGGGGCUGCAGGGACUGGUGUCUGAUCUUUAUUUUUGAAAUCUUUAUUACUAUUUAUUUUUCAGAAAGAGUCAUCGAAGAGUGGAAACCUGAAAGCAACUUUUGUGGCAGAGGAAAAAAUAAAGAAACUCAAGAAGAGGAAUUCUGAGCUUGUGUCCAUUGCACGACAGUUGGAGGAAAAGGCAAAGAAACUUCAGGAAGAGAAAGUUCAGGCUCAAGUAUGUACAGGCUGAAGUUCAAAAUUCUCUUUCAUUUUUUUUGUUACUUGCUACUUGAUUGUGUUGUAAGGAUAAGUGGGGUAAGUUAAAUUAGUUAAUAAAACCAACUUAUUUUGAGUUAUAGGGAGUUCUCUCACAUUUGUGAGUAGUACAUUAUGGAUGUGCUCUAGAUGAUGUUACAGGAUUGACUAUAAGGUUCAAUCAAAGAGUAUAAUUUGGUAAAUUGAGCCAAAGCAACCCCAGAUUACUCUUGACUUUAAACUGAAUGCUGCUUUAUCCCAUGUUUCUCAGAAAUUGGUGGAGGAGAACAGUUCUAACAGUGCUGGUGUGGAGCAUGUGAAAAAGAUGUAUGCAAGACAGAGAGCCAAGGAUCUUGCUGAACAUGCUAAAGCAUUGUUGUCUAAGGAAAAAGAACUGGAUGAACUGAGAAAAGAGAUAUCAACACAAAAGAAUGGUCCAGAUUUCCCGGUAUGUGUCAUGAUUUUAAUAGUUAUAGGUGAAAGUUGAGAAAAGUGUGCACGAGUUUCAUUCUGGUUUUCUUUGUGGUUAUAUUGAAUUCAUCAUCAUGGUCUGAAAUGGAAUAUAGACCAAACUGAUUUGAAAGAUUAAAAGAGAAAAAAAGAGAAACAAGAUGCACAUUUUGAGGAAAGUUUAAGACCUUUUCGGCUCGAUAUACUAAGAUGGAGACAUACCUUUCUCCUAGAACUGAUCUGUCCUCAAGCACGUUUAUGUCAUGGGCAACAAUGUCAAAAAAAAGUAUUGAUGGAACCAAAAUUGAAAUGUUGUCUAUCAUGUGGUGUAUAAAAUCUGCAUCCUGUUCCUUUCUCUUAGAACCUUUUCAUCAGUCCUAAAUACAGGACAAGUCUAAACUUAAUUGGGUUUCAAAAUUGAGUGUUUUUAGGUGAUUACGAUGCAUAGGUAGUUGGGGAAAGAGCUGUCAAAUUUUGUGCAACUGACAUUUUUACAUGCAUCUUGUCUUCAUAUUGGACAUGUCCAUGUAUUAAAAGUUGAGCUAGCUAAUUGAAUGAGAUAUAGGUAAAGUUGCUGCAUUGUGGUAGACUUUUAUUUCCAGGCUUCCAUCUUUGCCUUAUGACCAUGCUUUGUUUAAUCCAUCAUUUGGAUGUCAAGCAUGUAACUACUGUAUAGUAAAGAAGAUGAUCAACCACUAGGACAACAUUAAUUAUUUGCUGAACAUUGGUCACAAAAUCUUCUCUGACUGAAAACAUUGACAUGCCAUGUUUAUUAAACAUGAUAUUUCAUUUCCAGUCAAAGUUCAUUCCAGAACCCUAUGACACUCUUGAAUAUCAUCAAGAUAUUAAUAUGCUUCUCUACUCUGGAUAUUUAAUCAUGGUGUAAAUAUAAUCACGUAGAGGAAGUCUUUAUGUAUUCUGCUCUUAUAUCUGAGAUUAUACUGUUUCUUGAUUUUCAAGAGUCCUUUUCUUUAGUUACAGCAUGUUUUGGAAGAACACUGAUUUACAUUUUAAGUGAGAGGGGGUCUAUAUUGCUCAAAGUGCUUUUUUUAUCGAUAUUCAAAGAAUGCAAUCUUGUGGUUUGAGUCACAAUUAUUGAAGGCAUGCUAAAUUUGAUCAUUUGAAUUGGAAAGCAGCCAUGUUAAAGCAUCGCCUGAAGGCAAGGAAAGGCAAUCUUGUUUUGUCCAAGCCCAGGAAAGAGGUACUGCACUGUUGGAGGAAAGGAAACAGGGUUUUCCUAUUUUGUGAUGGAAAAUAUGUAGAGCUUCCAGAAGCUUUCAACAAUUUUAAAUAUUUUCAUAACAAGUUAUUGAAGUGAUUCUGUGGGAUGUGUACUCUUAAAACAAAUUCCGCAUUAAUGCAGCAAAAAGAAGUUGAAGUUUCUAUAGAGUUGUGCUCUACUAUGGUAUGAAUUUUGGUGAAUUUCUUUAUUGAAGCCUUGUGUUGUUGUAUGACAUCUGUUGGUAUUGUUUCUAAUGAUAAAGAAUUAUCGAUGGUUACAUGUUUUUGUGUGUGAGAUCUACCAAAAAUGUCUCAUGACCAUGAUGUAUUUGUUAUGUGCACAGAAAUAAGAAAAAUUUUGAGUCAACCUUGAGGAUUCAAAAUUCAGCCAGUUAUGAUUUCAGUUUUAAUUCCUUUGGCUGCUAAUAUGAAAAGAUUGUAGUACUGUUAGGAAAGUUAGGUUGUGAGUGUUUAUUGUUAAACAAAAAGACUAUGUAUCUUUAUUUAAUAUUGAUGCAAUAAGGAUAAUUAAAGGCUAAAAGUUACUUAAGGUUUACUUUUCCAAAAUUCAUUACAUGUGCUGUCUUAUCAUAGAGGCAUCACUAGUUUCACAACAACAUUUUUGUUAAAGUUAUGCAUCCCAAUUUACUAGCAAGAUAUCUAGAAAUAUUUAUGUCCUCGCAUCAGAAAUAAUUCAUGGUGUUACCCAUUUAGGAAAUUGUUAUUUUCUGUGGAAGAGAAGUUCCAAGCAUUUUGUUUUACCUUAACUAUAAUUGAGCUUCAAGUGAAUCUAGUUACAUUUGGUUAAGAUGUCUUAAGCUUUUGACAAUUUGGCACAGUUCAUAUUCGGUGUUACUUUUUUGCCUCUGAAAGCAGAGAGUUACACCUCUGUCUCAAAAUGCUACAUGAAGAGAUGAUUGAAAAUAUCAGUAAUUGACUUAUUUCUUCUUAUCCUGGCCCCAGUUUUCCAAAGAGUGGUUAACACUAUUGAAUGGAUAAAUCUCUACCCAGUUGAUAGUGCAGCAGGUUUUGUUAACCCUUAUCUGCUGAAUACUGAGUUAUCUGUUGGAUAGCAUUAUGGGCCCCUUCAACAACUAGGCUCUGAACAAUAGUAAGUCCAAACAUCAGUAAACAGACACAGAGGAAAGAAUAUUCAUAAUUAUGUUGUAAACUUUACUCCAUGCAGUAACAUACAUGUAAGGAUGUUCACGAUCCUUGUAUUAAUGAUAGUUCUUGUAUUGAUUCUAUAAUAUUGGAUGGUGGAUAACCUAUUUCAGGUGACAUUUAUCUUUUGUUGUGGUUAAAGAUUUAUCUUGUUAUUUGCACUCCACUAGUAAACAUUUUUAAUCCUUCUAAUCCCAGUAAGUCUGUUUGUCUUAAACAGCUGUUUUAAAUUUUGUGUCAAUCAUGCAUUCAAUGGCAAUACUGUUAAACUAUUGGUAAACUCUCAAUAUUUUGGUCUUGGUUUGUCUUUUGGUAUCAUUGGCAGGCAAUGAAUUAAGCUUUCAUUUGUUCAAUGAGAACCAUUUGGAAGGAUAGUGAGUGGGAAUAAUCAGCACUUGCAGUGCAUCUUAGUGAGCUUUCCUCAUUUGGUUAUGGGUAUUCUUGCUCACCCUCUUACUCUGAGCUGGUUUUCACCUUUGAUGAAGGGCAUUUUUCUAUCCUGGAAAAAAAAACUUUUCUAGACAAAACUUAGUGUAAUUGUGACUGUUAUCACUGUUCAUUUUUUUUACAGCAAGAAAAAGUUGAAGAGCUUCAAUCCAUAAUUCGUCAGUCAGCCAAGGAGAGGUUGUGGCUUGAGAGACAAAUUUCCAAUGGGGAUUCUUCUCGUGAACCUAGUCCUCUGCUAAUGUCAGGUGAUCUUGCUUCCGAAAUCAAGAAGAAGACUGAAAUACUCAACAGGUUGGAAGAUGAGAACAAUAAUUUAAAAACUUCAGUGGUUCAACUGCAAAAGGCUGAGGCUGAAAGCUUGAAAUUGGUAGGUUAAGGAAUUAAUGUUUUAGAUCACUUGUGUUGGAUUUAUAUCCUCAUUGUUUUGUUUAUUGAUGUGAAAUAUUUUCCAUGUGUAUGUGUGGUACUGUUCAGUGCAGCUUGCCUAUCUAAUUAACUCCAUUUGAAAAAUUCCCCUUUUUGGAAGUUUAUGCUCUAAAUUUAAUUUCUUUACAUAUACUGAAAAUGAAUAUGGGAAGUUAAUAUGUUAGCAAAGUGAAUUAUUACUCAUAAUGCCUGUUUCUUUUCUAAAGGUAUCUUGUAGAGUGUCUGAUCUUUCGUAGUUUAGUGUUUGCAAAUAAUUUUACUUGCAUGAAUCAAAAUUGUGGCACACUGUAGAUUUUAGGUCAGAACAGAGAUAGUUUUCUUCUUUUACACCUGUCUGUUAGUAAAUGAAAUUACAACUUGCCUAAGCUUAACUGAAGAAUUAUUUUUCUGUCCAAAAAAUUAGUGAAAUUGUAAUAUUUAUUGUGUGUCAAAUGUUGACACAAAAUCACCAAUGUAAGUGAAGUGAUUUUGUUGAUGAAAAUUGCGGCAUAUUUGAUGUUACUUAUAGAUAAUGAUAUCUGGAUCUGUACAAAUUUGUAAUAGCCGUGUGUAUCUCCCUUUCCCUCUGAUUUGGUGGAAAAUGGAAAAUGGAAAUAAAUGAAAAGAUUGGAGUUGAUAUUGUGUAGUACACUUGUUUAUGUGGGAGGUAUGCUAAUACUGGCUUUCCAUCCAAAGCGCCUCUCAAGAGGGUUAUGUCAUGUAAUAAUGUAUUAGGUGAAUGAAUAAAUUUGAUUUUCAGUGACAAGUUUUGAAAAGGGAGACCAUGUCUUAGAGAUACGGUAUUAACUGUUGCUUAUACACGGCAGUAAUUUUAUAACCUGAAGUAGUCUGCAGGUCAUAAUGACUUGAUCUACAUGUACCAUCACUAGGAGAUCUUGAAUGGGUUUUGUGGUAUUUUUUCUUGUGGUGAAUAAAUUUGCUAAAGCCUUAUGUUUCUUUCAUUGAUUAAUCUCAUUUGAAUUGCUAUAGUGGCCAAACUGUGCAUUUUGUUCACUGCUGAUUAAGAGAGUUACUAAACUGAAAUACUUCAGCAGGUGUUUAUUGUUAGCUACUAGGGGAUGCAGACUUUUGCUAUUACAUUUUUGUUUCAUUAUUUACUAGUUUGCUGGUGGGUUUUGGCUUAUUAAUUAUUUAUUUAUCAGGGGAGCUCAUCCUGUAUGUGAAUGUUGAAUAUACACUAGAAGGUUUACUUUGGUGCUGGGAUGUUUGGAAUUGAUAAGAAUGCUAUUUCUGCAGGCAGAGGAGCUGAAGGAGAAAGAGAAGGAAAACCAUAAGCUUGUGAGUGACUUAGAGGAAAAACAGACAAAAUGUUCCAAACUGGUAAAUUACUUCUUUUCUUCUCAAGCAUUGGAUUUUGAAUUUUUGCGUGGCUCUUUUAAUUGGCCAUUCAUGGCAUAAUAUGUAGGUUGCAAUAGCUGUUAUGGCAUUCUGCACCAGUGAGACACCUAGUUAGUGUUGCCAGCAAUUAAUAUAAUGUAGUAUUCAUAUUAUCAGAGUUGAGGUGUAUGUUGGAAAUUCUAGGCUGCAAUGUUCAAAUUGCCUCUGUAACAUGGAUGUAUGUUUUCCUAUUGGAGAACCACAGCACUGUAAUAUUUUGAACCACUACUUUUGAAUCACAUAUUUCUCACUGUACUGCUAGCCAAUUUGUAAAGAAUGUGAGAACAGCAGCACUCCAAGUCUGUUAUAACUUUGCUCUCCCUGCUGAAAGGCUAACUAGUUAGAGCUUUAAUUAUUUUAAGUUGCCAUUAAUUAAGGCAAGACAAAACUCCAUAAUGGCAGGUCUGUGUAAACAUUAUGUCUUCUAUAAAGUACAAAUUACAUUUGAUCCUAUUUUGCAUUGCUGGUGAAGUUCUUUUUUUUUUUUUUUUGAAGAAAAUCUUAACAUUAGCUUUCUUUGGAAUCAGUUGCACUUUUAAGGGAGUUAUGACGAGAGGAAAGCAGUUGAUAAGUUAUUGUUUACCUGUAGAUGUAAAUUUUGUGUAGGAUUCAUUAAAUAAUUUUUUCAUGAUAAUAUCGUGAAAAAAAAAAAUUAAAUGAAUCCUACAUUGAUUGUGGACUGAGAACUUGGUGAAGCUUCCCACCCCUGAAAAAAGUAGUUAUAUCUAGUACUUGAAAUGUAGGUGCAGAAAUUUAAGAUGAAGGCAUGGUAAUGAUGGUGAUAUAUUAACAUACGGCCACUAAGAAUUUAACUUAUGAUUUUGUCUCAAGUUUUUAUUUGAUAUUUUCAUGUAUGUGGGUGUUUGCUUUUAGCUUUCAUUAUCAAUGUUAACGGAUACUUAUAGCAAUGAAGCAAUGAUGGUAUCUUUUGUGUCGGAAGGCUUUCUUGCAUUUUUCAGAGAAAAAUGUUAUUAAUCAAAGUGCUGUAUGUUAAAAGAAUUCAUUAAGACUGAAAAAAAAAAUGAGGCUUAAAACUCUGUGGUUAUCUCUUUUGAAAUAAGACUAUUUUCAAUAAUUUAAUAAUUUUGGUUGUUAAACCAGGUUGGAUUGUUCAUGCAAAGUAUGGUUUUUUUUUGUUUUUUUUGUUUUUUUUGUUUUUUGUGAUUAACUCAAAGAGCAUACGUAAUGACGCACACAAAUUUUCUGCAAACACUGCUGACACUGCUUUGUUCAAUUUUCUUGAUUGUUGACAUCAACACUUACUGCUUUUAUCAACAUUUUCUGAUGCAACCUCUUUAUGACCCAUACCAGCCAGUAGGCUUUCUUUUUUCUUUUCCCUGCCCAGUACCCUUUGCAUCCCAAGGGUGCUGAUUUAAAAUCUGCCCAGUCAGAUCUCAAAGGAAAUAUCACGUCAUCACCAGAUCAAAUUAGCCAAUCAGCAUUUUGUGUCCACUUUUUGGAUGCUGAAAUUCAGAGUUCUGAGAUAUGAUUGCAAUCUCUCUUUCACACCUUACCUACACCCCAGGGACCUCUGGAGAGCUAGCUCACAGGCUACCCAAGACUUGGACAUAGGACCUCAAGUCCAAAUUGAAUCCAGUAUUCCAACCACUUAGCCCCACUCUCACUCCACUUGAGACCAUUAAUCUCUCUUUUCAGUUUACACAGUUGUAAAGUGUCUGGUUUUUUAAUUAAUAUGUUUUAAAUACCUUGGAAAUUUACCUUGGAAAAUGUUAUUUUAUAAAUAGGAACAUGAAAGAGAACGAUUUGCUGCCAAAUGCACCAUGCUUCAGAAGAAGAAUGCAGAAAUGACCAAAAAGAUGGAAGAAUUAGAAGAGGUAGAUCUUUGAUUUUUAACUUGUAGGAACAUUUUUUUAUAUAUUACUUGAUUUGUUUGAAGAUUUUGUGCUCUGUGAUUUACAUAAACCAUGGUUUACUUUUAAAUGUACUUACAUAGACCUGUCUCAACAGGCACAAUAAAGAGCCUUGCUAGUAAUUAAUUUAUAAUCUAAGGUACAUGUAUCUUCUGAAUACAGGUUUGUUUUAGAUAGACUGCAGGUAUUGCUUAAGGUUUUGGAAUGCUUGGCAAAAUUACAUUAUUGCUCUCACUAGCUGUUUGCACAGUAUAUAUUUUGGAGAAAGCAGGUGUUUAAAAUGUAGAUUUUCUAGAGUUGAUGUUCACUUAAAUGAGGGUGUUUGCAAAAUAUUGGGCACUGGUAGUGCAAGUUUAAUUCACAAUUAUUCUGUGAGCAGGUGUUGGAUAUGAGAGGGUAAAUAGCCAGUGAGUCACAUAGCAUUGAGUUGGCUAGAACCUAUCAUGUAUCCAACAAACCUUUAUGGAAUAAUUUUUCAGCCUGCAGCAGUUGGUGCAAUGCAUCUCCAUGCAAGGUGACUUAGAAUAUGAGCUGAUAACCUGAGUUGAGUGAACCAAUCAAAACACUAGAAAUGCAAUAUUCAGAAUUGAAAAUUUAAUAAUGUAUCAUAUGCAAUAGCUCAGAGAUAAAAAAAAAUGUUGUGACUUUUUUGUUACAGAUGGAAGAGGAACUCAGUAAUGUAAAGGAAAAACUUGAGGUUUCAGAUGUGAAGUGUGGUCUGCUUACAGAUGAGUGCAACAGAUUAAAACACCAGCUGGAAGGGCUUCUUCAUGUUAAGGAGGUGAAGUUUGAUGUAGCUUGCCCCCUUUUCUGUAGCAAGAAGUGACUAGGAGUCCUGCCAUUUCCACACCCCAUCCCCUCUUCUGGGGAUGCAACAUCCUCCCAUUACAAGUUACUCUAAACAUUUUGUUAGGUUCCCUGAUAGUAGACUGAUUUCCAAUUACACACAUGCAUGGGGAGACUAAGGAAGAGUGAUUCAUAGUAAACUGCCUUCUUCAAAGCAACAACCCAGUGAUUUCUGGUAGGCCUCUAAGCCAGAAUUUUUCACACAUUAGGCCAUUAGUUCUCCUGCCCAUCUUAGGAAAGAAGCACAUUGAAAUUCCCUGGCUGCUCUUUGUCAAAUGAGCUAAGGUGAUUAGGGUGAUUAUUUGUUAUAGCUUGAAAGUAAUAUAAUUUGAUUUUUUCUGUGAACAGGAUCUUAAGACUAUGGAACAACAAAAGAUGACGAUAGAGAAGGAACAUCUUAGCAGUCUUGAAAAACUUAAGCAGAGAGAAGAAGAAAUUAGACAACUUCACAAGGUUAGGAUGAGUAUGGCCUCAAUAGUUUUAGAACCAUUGUUUCAGACUCUGUUUCUUAUGACAAACUUCCUUGAAAUUGAAAUUAACAUUUAACUUUCAUAAACCAGAAGAGAUUCCUUUCUCAUCAGAUGUCAACAACUACCAGCACCAUAUAAAAAACUUAUUGGAAACAUUAACGAAACAGUCAAAACAAAAUAGAACAACAAACUAACUUUACUGAUUGAUCAAAAACUGAGCUGUGAUGACCAACACUAGAUAGUUGAGUCAUGAAAAUAGUGACAUUAUAAACUGACCAACCAGUUCCCACAAGCCAGAUGUUUUUGUUUUUACAUUUAAGUGAUGAACAACUCCUUGUUUGACUCUAAAGCUGACUGCUGUCCUGGGUGUCAAAACAUCAGUCACUUCUUCAGAAAACUGUCCUUUUCUGGACCAUGUACUUUCACCCAGAUGAACAGAUGAACAUGAUCAGCAGUAGUGCUGCUCUUAGCACAGUGUUCCUCAAAUCUGUACCAAAUAUUUCUCCUAUGCGCUUUGAAAUGUACAUGUACCAGUAACCAUUUAAAAUAAAAGAUUAUGGUCUGUUCUUAUGAUCACUAAUUAUGAAAUAAAUUUACAUGCCCAAGGCAAAGUUGGAAUACGGCAUGUUCUUUUGUAGCUGAGAAAUUGUAGAAUGAUGGGAAUCCCUUGGACUAAAGUCAUUGCUUGCUUUGCUUCCAAUAUUUAUACAGAUCCAGGAGGAAGCCAACCGAGCUCACGAGAUGGCUGUGACAUCACUAGAAGAUACUGUGCGUAGUUUGGAACAGAAGUGCAUUGAGGCUGAAAAGAAUAACAUUAACCUCAAAAAAGAGAUGGAUGAACUGAAACAGAUGGAAAGGGACAGUAACAGAAGAAAAGAAGAAGUUUGUCACAGAUCAACUCAGACUACACUUGAAACAUUCAACAAAGAAAUUCCAGCUGUAGUAGAAGUUAAAGGUAAAGCUUCAACAGAAUGUUAUUGGUAAUUUCUAAAUCAAAUUCAGGCUAGCUAGUGUAACCACUUAAACCAUUCUCUGUAAGGAAGUAUUCCUGAGCUGGAGUUCAUUUAUUACAUAAGGACCACUUGCAGUUUUUUGAGGGAAACCUUAAAAGUGAUGGUUACAUUUAACCCUUUAAUUCCCAUGAGCCACAGGGACAGAAUUUCUCCUUACAAUAUCAAUACAAUAUCAACGAGAGGUAUAAUCACAUGUAGUUGAUUCAAUACUAUAUAUUCUCUGAACCAACAUUAUAAGAAUUGUAUGGUUGACAGUAAGGAGAAUUACACAUUUUGAUCUGUGGGUUAAAGGGUUAAACUUGUUGUGUGUUUACAAAUCUUAUCAAGUGCCACUAUUAAAGUAGAUGUAUUUUUAGAACUCUAACGACCCUGAUCCAGACAACCUACCAAAGAAUCUGGUGCACACCAAGGCAUCAAGAGUCUUUUUCUUAGGGCUACACUUAAGCUCAAACCGUGCCUUCAAUUCUUGGUAACAUUUGACUUCUGAAUGCAUUUACUUAAAUUUUUUUAUAAUACAAAACAAUAAGGCAUGAAAUCUUGGAGGUAAGUCAUCUUCCUUCCACUGCCUUGAAUCAUUAACCAGUAACUUUGUGCUACAUUACAGUGAAAAUAACAGAAAACCUUGUCUUAAAUUGUACAAAUGCAAUAUUGGACAGAUCCAGGGAAGGUAAAAUUACUGGAGGUUGGUCUUUGAGAGUGCUGUGUACUUCCCGUGACACGUUUCACUUCUAUCAAACCAUAGGCAUUGCAGUCAAAGGUCAGCCUUCACUUAAAGAAAGUCCACAACCACCUCGCAAACUUUCUAGUGAUGCUGCAGAUGUACUGUCAUCUCAGAUCAUGCCAACCAAGUCUGCUACCUUCGAAGAAAAGGUUGAGUCUUUCCUUGUCAACUCCAGCAAGCCCCAACCUGUUGCAGGAGAAGACACCAAUACUCCAGCAUCAGAGGAUAUAUUAGAGUCACUGGCUUCAAGAAUUAAUCAAUUAGCAGCAUCUGAUAGUGAAGAUGAUCCACUCAGUGGUAUGGCAUUUUGAUUUAAGUAUGAUUUGCAUUGUGUUUUCAAAAUGGGUGUUAUCAGCUUUGUUUCUCACUUCCUGCUAAUGGAGAGAAAAACAAACGGCGUUUUGGUAGGUUUUAAUUUAGCCAUGGUAACAUUUUUAGGAAAGGCCAUCAACCUCAAAUAAAGAGUAGAUGGCAGUAGACUACUGAUCGUAGUACAGGCCUGCAUUUCAUGCAGUGCAUUUAACCAAUGUUUAGUUUCAGGAUGUGAUAUUGUUCCUUUUAAAUACAGGUUAAAUAAGGAGUCACUGUAUUUUUUUCUUAUAUUUUCUAUUUGCUAGAAAAAGCAUAUGCAGAUCCAGGGGAUGAUGUAGAAACAGAUCAGAAACCUGAAAGAUCUGAUGUGGAUUUUGAUGACUUGCGCUGGCGCAUUGAUCAAGCAGAAGCAGAUGAAGAUACCAGCAGCUCUAUCAGCACAAGGGAAAGAGCCGGCAGUGAGGCUAGUCAAGACAUGGCCAGCAUGGCUGAAGGAGACCUAGGUGACUUGGAGGAUAAUCAGCCAGACAGCUCUGCUCCUGAAGAUGAACAAGCUGAGCCCUCUACACUGCAGCCUAUUGGUGAGAGUACACUGAUUUUCUUUAUUGAGACGAGACGAAUUUCAGUCUCGUGUCAUUCCUCUUCAGUUUAAUCAUCCUGGGAUAGGAUGUCAUGCUGGAUCACACUAUCCUCUAUACUUGUUGGUUUCUCUUUAACCCCUCACUGCCUAACGUCAGUAUGCACAUUCUCCAUACUACUCCCUCCACAUUUCCAAGGGUUCUGACAAGGAGAGUUUGGUCAACAAUCAAGAGCUUCUUUAGUUGGCAAUGAUCUCCUUUAUUCUCACGACCUUAAUGUUUGAUUCAAGGGUGAUAUUGUAAGGAGAAAUUAGAUGCUAGUCACUCUUAGGGGUUAAAGGGUUAAGUGAGCAAAGACCUGUCUGCUUUUUAAGACAAUUACUACUUGCCUGAAAGGCCAUGUCAGGCUUGAUUUUUUAGCUUUAGGCCAAAACAACAACAAGACACGGGGAGACGGGGGCUUUGGGGAACAUGGAUGACACACUGGUGGGAGCACGUACCACCGCUGUGGCUUGGGUUCGAUUCCCAGACGUGGCGCGUGUCCCAUGUGGGUUGAGUUUGUUCUUGGUUGCCGCCCUCGCUCCCAGUAGUUUUUCUCGGGCUCCUCCGGUUUUCCUUCCCCCGCAAAAACCAACAUUUAACGUGGAAACAGUAGACAGGAAGAGGCACCUCACGUAUUGUCCACUACUAAAUUCCAUUAUCAUCAUGAUCAUUAUUAUAACUGUUACUUGUAUUAGUACUAGUACUACUACUAUUAUUGUUACUAUUGUUAUUAUUACUACUAUUGUUAUGCACUGAUGACAAUCAAUUUGAUUUGUAUCAGGUAAACUGAAUGUGCAUAAUGCUAUGCCAGCCAGCAGUAAAGACACCUCAACAGGUGCCAAUAAUGGGUUCAUUGCAGAAGAGGAGGCACUGGACGUUAGAUAUCUUGAAGGCGAUAACAGUGAUGUGGAUCCAGCCAUUCAAGAGAAACUUGCUGUCUAUAUUGCAAGGUACAGUUAUGACCCUUAUCAACACUCACCAAAUGAGAAUCCUGAUAUGGAGCUGGCAUUCCAGGCUGGAGAUUAUUUGUAUGUCUUUGGCGAGAUGGAUGAGGUAAGGAAAUACAAAUUACUUGAUUUAUCUGCAUGCAGCUCUGAAGGUUGAAAGGUGCCCAGCCAUGUAGCGAAAAAAAAGAGAAGAUAAAAUUGGCAUAGAAACCUAUGGAUCAAUCUCGCUGGAGUUUAUCCAGGUGUGUGUAUUAUAGCUCUUCAACCUUGGAUGGAAUGCGAGGUAACUUAGCCUGCAAGCAGCCCUCAUUACCACCCCUGCACGACGCGCAUUUCUCCACCCGCCGAAAGAUUGAAGACGAGUCGGUGAGAGGUUACCGGGGUCUGUCUUUAUCAGUGCCAGACCCCUUGUAGACCUCGUCGCGGUUUUCUUAAACUCCCAGAUAGGAAUACGUAAAGUAAAAACUUUUCCAAUUACUGAUUUUUCUUGAAUAAUAGGAUGGAUACUUUUUGGGUGAACUGAUGAAUGGCCAGAGAGGAUUUGUACCUUCUAACUUUGUGGAGAAAGUCGCUGGUAAGAGCAGCUCAAGAGUAUCAGUCAAUCAAACUGUCAAUAAAUUAUGAUGUAUAACACCGUCAAUAACCAGACUCUGAAUUGCUUGAGUUCUCGCUUUUGUCUGCGCAAUGGUAACUGCUCAUAAAAUGCUGAAUGCAAGCUAUCUAUCCCACAACCUCGCACCAAUUAUUGUAAACGAAGUUUUAGCCAUAGAUGGGCUGUGUUAUGAACUAGCCUGCUUUAAGCGAUAAAACAAUCGAACUCUCUUAACGAUUUCAAAACGAAAUUGAAAAACCACACUUUUCAAAGCGAGAUCAUGUAGCACUAUCCGGUAUUUACACGACAUCGUUGUAAAGCAGGUUUAUCGAUUUUAUUGCUAGUAGCCAUUUCUUAGCUAGUGUAGUUAGCGUUUUUUAUCCUUUGAGAAAUUGUACCUGAAUGGAAACACCGUCUUUAAAUAAAGUUUUUAUUUACCUACUAAAUUUAUUAAUUGAUAAAAUUAUGUAGCCCCUCUAGCAUUAUUUGAUUUAAACAUACGUUAUAAUGUUCACUCUGCACUUAAAUCAUCUUGUCUGAUUAACCAGUUUGGAUAGAGGUUAAAAUAUUGUUUGGCUAUUGUUUUCCAGAUGAAAGUGAAAUGACUUUGAUGAUGAAUGGCACUGGAGAAGGAAUUGGUAAGUGGUGUCAGUUCGUAUAUUUGAUUUGGCUUGCCAGCAAGCUGACUGUGUUUUUCUCUCUCUCUCUCUGUCUUCUAUGGUCUGUUUUCUUCGACCAAAUUUAUGUCUGUAUUGUAAAUAACUGUCCGUUCUCUUUGACACUCAAAAUUUAUCAAGCUUGCAGUUGCAGUCCAUAAUCUACAUAUGAUGAUUUUUUAAGGUAUCUUUCAGAUGGGGAAAACCCGAUGUUCCAAUAAAACGUUGUGACAAUUCGUUUAUCAUUGAACUCUCCUUGAUGUAUGUUAUGUCGGACUUAGUCGUUGAAAGCACGUUUAGUUUGCGUUAGCAGUUAACCCAGGAUUAGUGUGGACGUUGCUUUAAACAGCGUGACAUUGACAAACACAUUUGUUUGGUCUUUUCACUUUCAGAUGAAAUACCAGACAGCAGUGAUGAAGAAGAAACAGAUGGUAACUACUGUUUUAUAAUACAAAAACGAGAGAAUGAAAAAGGAAGAAGAAGGAAAUAAAACUGAAAAUGAUUUAAACUAUUUUUGUUCGAAAUUAAUUUUCUAACGUGUUUAUUGUCAAUAUCAGUCGUGCUUUUCGAAAGAACUAUUUAAGAACCUAAAUUAUUUGCAACUGACGUUUAACCAAGGUAACGAUAUAAAGGAAACAAAAAAGGUAAAGUAAUUCUAACCUUAACAAGGAUGGUAUGACAGCGUUCAAUAACUUAAUUUGCUUAAUGUCACCGAGGUGUCGUAUCUUUUAAAUAGUUUUGUCCAAUCACUCCUGGUUUGUUCAUACAAUGUUCUUCAUACACUUGUAUGCUCAUACGUGCACUUCUAACGAUCCCUAUGUUGCUGAUAUUAGAAGAAGAAAGCUUCUCGGAAGAUGGACAAACCGAACUUGCAAUACCGGGAGAAAAUGGCGAGCGGCAGAUGAAACCAGUGCGCAUGCUUAAGUUCUCGGGUAAUCUUUAGCAGUCAAUAGACUGCCUUAUAAAUCUGAUGUUAAUUUAAUUUAAUUUAAGGUAGCUUUUUAUGAUUCUGGGAGUAAACAGCACCUUUACACGUCAACUAAACAAUAAACGUUUAAAUCCAGACAUUUCUUAGAGAUAAAAUUCCCAGAAAAUGUAUUUUGAUAAGACAAUCUGAAGGAAAAUAACAGAAUUGUGGAUGGUAUUUUUAAAUUGUAACUUGAUAACCGUUCCUUCCUGAUGACACAAAGAGCAAAUUAAAGAAGGUACCAUUUAUAGUCAUCUGUAUAACUUUUAAGCAUUACUUUUUUUGUUAUUUUUUUGCUGCAUUCGCUUCUAAGCGAAUAAAUAACUCUAAGGGAAAACGUUCUUUCUUUGACAUAAAUUAUAAUAUUUAAUGUAAACACGCUUUAAACAUAUCAAUUCUGGCGUUCUCGUAUUACAAUUUUAAUGUUACUUCCAGGUAUGAAAUUAAAUUUAAAGGAAUAUAUUUAUACAUGAAAACCUUACGCUUUGUAUGUGAUUACUGUGUGACAUUUUUUGUUUGUCACGUCAGGUAAACUUCAUCGUGCGUUACGCUUGUCAGUGGAACAUAUCCCCGACGUUGGACUUCAGGACAUUGAGGAAGAAGACGAAGCGGAGAUAGAGGAGGAAAUAGAAGAGGAGCAUGAUUCAGGGAAUGAAUUUGAUGAACAGGAUGGUUCGAAAGAAACUGGAUUUAGCCAGGAUGGCAUCACGAGUGAUGAAAUUGAUAUAAUGCCUCGUAGUAAGUCAUGCGAUUGUUAGGCCGUGUUGUGGGCUAUUCUUCCCGCCGCAUAAUUAUUUAAUGGGAAGGAGAGAAAACCGAGCAAUUUCAAUGGAUUAAAACGCCAAAAUGAGGACAAUGCCUAGUUUGAAACAAGUUUUUUACAAGUACUUCAAGAUAAUUUGGUUUUAUGAACUGAGUUGAUAAUGUAAUUUAGCCACCGAAAAGCGUUUUCCCGUCUUUCACUCUGAGGGCCAACUCUCGAAACGUAAGCAUUAGAAUUAUCUUGUAAUUUCCCCCCCCCCCCCCCCAAAUCGACGCGGUGCCGAUCCAGUUUACGAAAACCAUAUUGAGCAAAAAAAUAUAUAUUUCAAAACAAAACACUUUAAAAAACAAACCUUUCGUGGUAAUAGAGGAAGAAUUUAUUUUUUAUGGAAGUAUUGUCUUUUUCAUCCAGCCGUUUCAACACAUGAUUUCAAUAAAAUAGUUGUCUGUCCUACGAAACAAUUUUUUGUUAUCUCAGGUCACCAAGUUCCCAAAUCCCAAUAAUUCUCAGGAUUUAUUUUCUGUAUACAAAUUUUUAUUCCAUUUAAUUCAAAGACUCCAAAAACCUUGAGCGUCAAAAAGGUUUACUUAAAAUGGAGCGUGCUCCUAAAAGUUGUUCACGAAUCUAACUCAAAAAUUUGAACCUGCAGACCAAACCUCGCACAAGGAAGAUUCUUGAAAAAAAAGAAGUUCGUGAGACCAGUUGAGGAGCAACAAAAUAUCGAAGCAAUGGAGUGUUUGGUAGAAGAUUUGGCAGAAGGAUUGUCCAAAGUCAAAAAAGCUAAGUCGACUGAUGAAAGAGCAGCUUAUAACUGUACGCGCUCUUUGGCUUUUGGAUCUUCUGUCAAAAAAAACAAGCACCAAACACGGAUUGCCAAGAUGAUGGGGUAAAAAAGAAGCCAGGUGUCCAAAGCUAUCAAACAUAGAGAAAGAGUUUUGAAGGGUGCUAGCUAGAGAGAGAGAGAUAGACAAUCUUGCUUGUGUAGGAAGCAUGUAGAAUGCAAAAUUGUAUUUGAUUCUUGCAUGAAAUAUCGAAAAUCCAUACGACUUAUGAUUCUGUGGAGAACUCAAGAAAUUAAAUAGGCGUAGAAAUGUAUUAUUCCAGCUUUUACCCAACCAGCAUGAGGAAAUUAUGUCUUCUUUUUAGUUAUGUAAAUAAAACUGUGUUAUUUCUAAACAGAAUCGUGAAUUUAAGCCUGCAAAUGUGUAAAUAGAAUAUAUGACCACGCCUGCUAUGCAUUCUGGGUAUUAAGUAAUGAGGAUAAUUUAACAGAUAACAUCAAAUAUUUUCUCAAAAAGUAGUUCUUACAAUAAAAGUUUAUGAAUAAUCUAUGUUUUGAUGAUUUUUUGGUAAUUUUAUGAAGUUGCUAGUUUUUCCCUAAUGUUACGCAUUUGUACCCCUGGAUCUUGCAACUGAUCAGUAUGUUUUGUCAUUCAGCCGUUUAAACACUGAUUUCUGUCUGUCGUACUUUGUUAUCCCAGGAGUUCCCUCCCCUAGGAGGCUCCACCUUGAGCGUCAGUUUACCCGGAGCGUGCUCCUAAGUUGGAAACCCGCUGAUUUGCCUGCAGACCAAGUGAAAGGUUAUGGUGUGUAUGCGAAUGGAGAGCUACGACUUAUGAUCAAAGGAAGCAGCAAAACAAAGGCGCUUCUGGAAGAUAUUGACCCCCAGGAGGUAAGAUUCAACCAUUUUUUAUCGUGCAUGAACGUAAAUGAUAGUCCAGUAAAUUAUGGUAGACAGCAAUUGAGCAGUAUUUGAUUUCAGGAAGUUGCAACUUGUGUGUAUACGUUUCGAUCAUUUUAAGUAGUAGAGGAGGAACGGGAAAUGAGAGACGAAGAAAGCAAUUUGUGUUUAAGCUCUCUUUUUUAAUCGUUCUAUAGUUUUGACAUGAAUUCCAAUUCACGUAGCUAAUCCCAAUCCAAAUUUCGGAAGUCAUUCAUGAUUCUAACCGCAUAAAUGCAUUUUCAUGAAGAUUUGUUGAUACCAAUGAUACUAAUCAGAAGAAGAAUAGUUCCUUGAUUGUUUAACGUGCAGUCCUCUUGCGAGGAUCAUUUGUUUAUUUGAAGUUCAUUGUUUCUUCUCUCAGUUUACUUGAUAAUGUAUUGAUUUCUUGAAGGGAAGUUAUAUGUUAGACGCUAUUGAGAGUUACAGGCCAAAGUUGAAGUUUGGUUUUUUCUGUUUUUUUUUUUUUUUUUUCACCAGACAUACCGCCUCUCUGUACGCACCAUCACAACGCAGGGAGAAGAAUCAUCAGACCGCUCAGCUGUGGUGACAAUUGGCAAAGGUUAGCAGUAUGCAAAAGUGUAGCGUUCAGUCAGAUGGUUUGCAUGUCGUUAUAUCUGUAACUAGAGGAAAGAGAUAUUGUGUUUAUGUUUAAAUUAAAAUUUUUAAGGUUUUAAGGUUUUUGGGAGAUCGAAAAGUCAGAUUUGAUGGUAGGAGGGAAUAAUUUCAGUUGAGUUUAUUCUUUAUGUUUUUCUUAUAAGGUUCAUCAGAUUUUUUCCCAACCGUUUGUUUUCUUCCCUCAGAUGCAAACUUUGCUCCCAGUCACGUGCAUGUCACCUGCAUUUCUCCCACGUCAGCUAAGAUCGAGUGGUCGCCUGGCAACAGCUCAUUCAGCCACGAAAUCCUUCUAAAUGGGGACCUUCAUAGAACAGUUCGCCCUGGGACCUUCCAGCACACAAUCAGUAAUCUCGAACCGGAUCAGUGGUAUAAGGUUCACAUACGUGCAAAGGAUCCUAAGCGAGUGUCAGUUGACGAUCGUGAAGAGAAUAUCGAGGUUGAUCUGUUGACAGCUGAAGCAGAAUUUCGAACUGAACCAGGAGGUAUAUUAAGAAACCUUUUCAACAUACGAUAUUUUUAAAUAGCAGGGUGCUGGAGAGCUUUUUGUUUUAGUGCUGUCGGACCAGCAACGACUAGCUAGAACAUAGGGGAAUACCUCAAGAGGCAACGCUUUACUACUUUCACCUCUUUUUACCUCGACUAGUGGACUUUCCAAGGAGAACUUAGGUUUUUAUUCGUAUUGAAUGAAUUUGUGACAUCGCCUUUUGUUAAGUUCCUGUUCCACAUAAAUGACACUGGGCUGAGAAACACCUGGAUUUUCGUCACAAGGGUUGGGGGUGGGGGUGGGGGUGGGGGUUUAGUUGCUGAUACAGGACACUGUUAUCGUGGUAGUUGAGCAACCUGACAUGGAUCUUAAUCUCAGUCCAGCCCCUGAAAGAAAUACUGCCUUUGAGAAUUACUUCGUUCGCAUAAAUAGUGUUGGUAAAAUCGACGUUGCCCUAAAGGAGACUGAGAACAGCUUCACUAUCUAUUAUUUCCUGCAUCUUUUGUUUAAUGAAUCCCAUGAAUACUACUAUGAUUUUUAAUUUUUUUCAUAGAUGAUGAAUAAAUUAAGAUCUCUGCAGCCAGUUUUUUUGCUUAUGGGUCUAUCCUUGCUGUGUACUUAGGUAUUGUUAUUUUUUUAAGGUCUGCCAGAUCCACCUCUCGAUGUGGAAGCAACUCCAGGUCAAUCAAACACCCUUGAUGUUAACUGGAUUCCAGUGACAAUCACAGACAAAGGUGCCUCAAACGGCGCUCGCGUGACAGGAUACAAAGUUUACAUCAACGGCUUUCCAUGUACGGAAGUCACGUCACCCACAGCAGAUUGCGUGACAGCCGUGUCGUGGAUGGUCGAACGGGCGAGCAAGAAAAGUCACAGCGAUGUUCUUCGUGUAAUUGUUAGAACUCAAUCGUGUGAGGGCGAGUCAGCUGAUUCAAAUGAAGUUGUUAUGCCCUUAGGUAUGUUUAAUUUCAAGGCAAAUCAGGUUAUAACACCUAAAGAAACUGAGCAGGUGUUACAGAACAAUGAUAUUUUGUUAGAAAGAUCUUUCGGAACUCAUGGAGGUCACGAAGGCUCAGAUAACUUGGCGAAUGGUGAGCUGGUCUCUGAGCCACUAAGGGAACGAGCCGAUAGCGUAAGACGCUUUAGUAUGGGCGAGAAUGGCCAGCCACAAGUAGUUUUAGUUGAAGACAUUGCCAAACACACCAAGGACGAUUCUGGUCUUCUUGCGCAGCCUCGAACGAAGGGAGAACCGGUCGUGUGGAAAUACGAGGCCGGGGAUGAAUCGGAAACUGCCGAAAGUAUCACGAAAAGCGACGGAAGAAGUGGAUCCGAAGACGAAGAUGAUGAAGAAGUUGAGAUUUGUAUACCAGACGAUUCGGACGAUAAAGAGCAAGCUGCUAAAACGGAGACUGUGGUGAAUGUGGAAGAGCAAGGCUAUCAACGGCUUGAAGAGGUACCUCUUUGCUUCUUUAAUGUUUUUGUUGGUGACGGAAAGUUGGGUUUAUAUUUUACAAGCUUUUUUUUCUUUUUUUUUUUAUUUACGUGGUUUAUUCAACUCCUCAUGUUAGAAAAUGGGGUCCUGUUUCCUCAGACUAAUUGGUGGUUAAGAGGGAAAUCUCUUGGUGAAUUCAAGAGUUCUUUUUUUUUAUAUUCUCGCCUGUCCAUUUUUCUUUUCAUCUUUUAAAUCUACUCGUACGUAAGUAACGUGAACGUUGGACUGUGGAACGUCGUAGAUAAUUUGUAGAAGUAGUAUGAAAAAAAACAGCGUAAGUAACCCUUCUGUAAACCUCCCAUUUUGCUCGUUAACAGGGGUUAUACCAGCAUGCUCUGUUCGAACGAAAAUGUGGUUAUACUUUAGAUUACAGCGGUUGUUUGACCAACAACUUCAAACGUUAAGUCGAAACCCUUCGCUUAGAGCACUGUCGAUUUCAACCCUACAAAUCCUGACUUCUAGUCAUGUAAUUCUUCCAUUUAAGUAUUACACAUUUUCUUGUAAAUUAGGUAACCCUUAAACUUUUGACCCCUAACAGUGACCAGCAUGUAAUUUCUCACUACAACGUCACUUGAAUCAUACAUUAAGGUCAUGAGAAUAACUGAAAUAAUCAAAUUCUCCUUGUCAGCACCUUAGGAAAUGUAUGGAGUACAGUAUGGAGAAUAUGCAUACUGAUGUUGGGCUGUAAAGGGUUAAAAUGCUCAAGAUCUCAUUGAUCAGUAAUUCCUCAUACUGUCUGCAUGCAAUUCUUUUGCUGUUAGUUCUGAGAAUUAAGUAUUGGAUCAGUUUGUAAUCCCCUAAUUGAUAUUUUUUUAUUUACUUUCAUCACUUAUCUACUUGAUGUUGUAAGGAGUAAUUCCAAAGCUAAUGAGCUUGGUUAAUUUUGUCGCGUGUUACAGAAUAACGGUCUGAAGUUGUGAGAAAUCUUACAUGUUAUUUGCUCCAGGACUUUUUGACACCCGUGGCCAGUCAAAUAUUCACGCUUGUAAAUGCAAACUUCCAAACUUGCUCAUGUCCUGUGAUUCUUGUAUUUAGAGUAACGAUGACAUCGAAGCUGAUACCGAAGUUCCCAAGGUCGAGCAACAGCUUGCUGAGGAAGAACAAGCGCUUUCUGGCGAAGAAACAUCCGAAAUGCAAAAGAAUCCUUCAAGAAUUAGUAAGGGGAGCGAUAUGUCUUCAGAGAGUGACCUAGACAUGGAAGAAUUAGGACAGUCAUUGGAAGAAGCGCAGAGUGUUCAACGAACAAGUCCCGAAGGAAAGGAGAGCGAGGAUAGAAUGCCUUAUAUUCGUCCUCUAGAGUAUGACGAGAGUGACUUUGAAAGUGAAUCAAGCGAACAGGCCCCGCUUUCCAUAAUUCAAGAAGAAGACGAGGAAGACUUAUCGGAAGAGGUACAUUUUCCGCGCUCACACUCGGCCUCCGAGGGCUUCGAGAGCGAUGAUGAUGUCAUGGAUUUACUCGACGAUGAGCAAGUUUGGGAUCAAUCGUCGGGACGCGUCGACUUCGAAAGCGUUCGUAAAAUAUCGCAAACAGAAGGUUCUUCGGCGGUGAACACCAAUAAAACGUCAGAGGGCCAAGGCUUUGGAAAAUAUUUAGCAAAUAGUAGUGACCAGCUAAGAACAAACGCUGCCCAUGGUUCACCGUACAGACUUGUGGAUAAUAUCAAGCUUUCAGAAAGUGAAGGAGAGCUGGUGGACAACGAUGGCAUCGACAUUACCUACAGUGACACUGAGGCAGACCGAGGGGAACUAGAAAGGAGUGCGACUCCGCUAGAUGGACAGUACGGGGAAGGAAUGAUGCGGGAAGAACAACCGCUUCAUCACGCGUAUGACGAGGCUACGCCGGCGGCGGAGGGACAGGCGCCUUCUGAUCAAGGGUACGCGGGCGGAGGUGCCCUGGAGGAGCAAGUGCGUGUGUUCUUAGCUCUUUAUGAUUAUGACCCUGCUACUAUGUCACCGAAUCCCGAUGCUGAAGAUGAGGAGCUGACGUUCAAUGAAGGAGACUUGAUAAAGGUAAGAAAGGGGAGUGGUAAGAUUGGGCAAGAGUUGUCAUUCUCACAAAGAGUAUGAGGUCAAGCACUCCUUUCUUUCCACAAAAAGGUUUUGUUUGGUCUUGUUUUCAUCCGUGAUCAACAAGAACAUGAUUUUUUAAACGUUGCGCAAGGUGUAUUCGCCAAACAAAGAACAUUCGUUUUUUUUUUCGGCUUGAAGCCGACUACUAUGGUCGACAAUGAAAGCCGUUACAUUGCCUUCAAAUGCAGUCCGCUUGAAAACAAGCUAUUUAGGUCGACCAUAUUCGUUAAAAUUUCUUGGAUUCUCCAGAAAAGGAUAACCGCACAUAAUUUGGUUGACGACUUAAUCGCUCUCUUGCCAGAUUUACGGCGACAAGGAUGAAGAUGGAUUUUACUGGGGCGAACUAAACGGGAGAGCGGGGUACAUUCCGUUCAAUAUGGUAUCAGAAGUUCAUCUCGACGAUGAAGAAUCCGGUAGUACUGUCACGACGCCUUCCAUGAGCAUUACUCAGGAAUCUGCCGCCCAGCUCCAGCCCCUUGAGGAAGCUCCCCGGGCAGAGGAGACUGAAGCUGACCCUACCCCGUCCGACAACUUGCUUGAGGAGGUGAUCCUAGAAGAUGGCGAAGAAUUUGAGGACCCGAGAUCGAGUGACAAUUAUCAGCUGCCACCCAGGAGAAUGGUAGCUCUGUUUGAUUAUGAUCCACAGACUCUGUCGCCCAACCCUGAUAGUGAGGUAAGAUCAGCAGUUGAUCAGGACACGUUUCUUUUAUUAUUUUACAUGUUACUAGAUUACUUCACUGGUGGCUGAAGGAAAAUUAACCCUGCAAUGAUGCGCUACUUUGCUCUCACUGGUAGUCUUUUUAAAUGAUGGGGUAACUAGUGUUGAAAUUAAAGAGUUGCAUACUCAAACCUUAAAUGGCCACUUCUGCUCCGCACUAUUUAAAAGUCAAAUCUUUCCUUAUUUUGCAAUGUCAUUUUUUUUGACGACCACCUCUCUAGAAUAAUCAACCCCUCCUGGCUUAAUUGUAGCUCUGAUGAAAGAGAUCUCAGUGUAUUUGAGCAAGUAUCUACGUCGGCUGAUUGACGUAUCGUGCAAUGUUGUAAUGUUUGUUUACGUUGUUGAAGUAGAUUUAACCCUUUAACUCUCAGAAGUGAUUAACAUAAAACUUCUCCCUACAAUAUCCAUACAUUCUUCAGCAAACAGGUGAUGAGAAUAUUCAAACUUAUCAGGUAGAAGCUUCUAUCUUGAUCUAGCACCAAGUUCUCAUAACUAAUUUAAAAGGAAAUGUGUGGCAGCUACAGAGGAGAAUUGACAAUCAGAUCUUAAUUACUCCCAGUGUCUCCGUUUCGUUAUGGUGUGGGUGGUAAGUUUUUGGCCACUUGUAUUUUCUUAAACUUUUCGUUCUUGUUCUUCAGGUUGAACUCAAGUUUAGAGUUGGUGAUAUAAUUUAUGUAUACGGCGAUAUGGACGAGGAUGGGUUCUUUACAGUGAGUGACUCAGUUAUAAGUUGAAUAUUCUACUUACUGGGUCCGCAGUGGUUCCUUUUUAUCUUGAGAUACCAUCCUUCCUUCCAAAGCGUUUUUAAGAAGGCUCUUGUCGUUAAAUAGAUUUCUCACAGAACUGCCAUCUUGCUUUAUUCCUAAAUUGAGAGAUGAAGAGGCGAGAAGUUUUUUAGAAGGCUUUCAUAUCAAGUAUCGUGAAACCAAAGAUAAAAUCGUACAAAUGGUUUACAAGAAAAGAGCUAAAUAUCGCAUGAAUGUAAUGGAAACUUUUGUAGGUGCAAAGUGCCUGAAGCGUGGGAGAAUAGCACUAACCAAGUCACGAUUGGUGUUACUGUGGCACCUCAUUUGCCGAGAGAGAGGCGCGUGUUUUCCAGACCAAUCACAGACAAAGAUAGGCGAAACUGAUGCGAUCCUGGACUAUUUAUAACAAUGAUCUUUAAUUUGUUCUAAUGGAAACAUUGCUUAUACAAAAUUUGAAUCUUAGCCUGUGCUCUUUUUUCAGGGUGAGCUCCGUGGAAUUCGGGGUUUGGUACCUUCAAAUUUUCUUGAAAGUUUGUCUGAUCCCAUGGAGGAAUCUCAACUUGACACAAGUAACGAGAGCCAUGUAAGUUAAUAAAAAAGUUUUUCGACUAUUUCAACACUAUUCCCUCCUUUCUCUCAUGUGCUUACUGAACUACUGUUUUUGUGCAAUGUUUUGUGUCACUCUCGUUUACUCAGUUGUUAUGACACUUUCGUUCUUGUUUUUCAAAGUGGAUCUCUAUGCAUGUGUCCUAUUGAAACUUAGAACUACUCUUUACCUGGAAGUCCGUCUGCCUGAAUGUCACUAUUCUUUUGCUCGCACUCUUGCUCUCCUUUCUCGGUGACGCAGUUUGUUUCCCGUUGAUUAAGUCCAGCUGUUGAAUGCUGCCUUGAAACGAAAGAUCCCGUCGAGAUUGACUUUUACAUCGAAUGCAGUUGAAGUUAACCCUUGGCUUCUCAUUGAUGACUCGUUGCCAAGCAAUGCAACGUAUUCUUAUCGGGUGAUAAAGAGCUGAAAUGAAUACUGAUUCUUCCUGUCUUGGUUCGCCAAACCCAAGUAAUCAUUAAUCAUUUCCUUCAGUGUGUUUGAUCAAAUUAUCAAAUAACUCGUUCUUGUUCUUUCCAUGUUUUGAAGCCUUUCUAACAAUACUUAUCAGUUUAGUGUUUUAACUAUCAUACCGCUAGGAAUCUUCGCAUUUCACUGUUAUCUGAAGUGAAGAACGACCUUGGAACAGCGGCAGGGGAAAACUCAAUUUAUGUUAGUACAAUAAACACCAUUCACGAUGUAGAGGAGUAGCUUUAACCAUAACGAGAACGACAACAAGCUUCAAUACGAAGUAAAUCAUUAAAGCUAGGCUGGUAACCAUUAAAGUAGGGUGUCGUGUCGAAUAAUAAUUUUUUUUAAAAAACAGACAUUAGUAGCCUAUCUUCUAUAAAUUGAAACGCGCUAUUUUAGUUUGUAUCGAGUUUUUUUUUCUUGUUUUUGUUCGCUUUCUUUUGUUAGUCAUUUUGUUUUUUAUUUAUUUCGGUUUCUUUGUUGCGUUCACUCACUUUUGCUUUUCCAGUCUUUAUUUUCUAUUGCUUUCUUUUCGUCGUGAUCUUUGUUAUUGUUUUCCCUUUUCUGUUCUUUCACGUAUGUUUUGUUUAUUUUUUGUUUUUGUGUUAAUGCGUACUAUUGAACUGAUUUUCCUCAAUGCUUGUAGUUGUGGAAAUUUAUUCUAACGUAUACUAAGAACAGGGUAAAAAAAAGACGUUGAAUUCAGUUUGCUAUCCUCAACGUAGGACCUUGCAACAGUCAAAACUGGAUUUCAUAUCUUUCAUUUAUUACAGGGUUUGUUAAUUGUGUCUGAAAUUCCUCAUCUUUCUGUUACUUGAAAUGUGUUAAUUCGAUUGAUAGCCAUAACUUGCGGAAGGUAGAGAUUUUUGAAAAAGAUUACCCCAAUUAGUUCACGCGAUAGUGAUGUAUAGCCGGGAAAGCAAAUCAAUUCCAAACGUCUUUUGACCAGAUCGGACCCUGUUUGAGCCCUGUUAAUUGCGAUCCUUACCCCUUACCCAAAAAAAAAAAAUCAAAAAAAAAAAUAGGUACUUUGUAAUAUAGAAAGCUGUGAGCCACAAAAUAGCGGUUUUUUCAAUGAGGCACACAGUUGGGUUGAAACAGAAAUUUGAACUUCAAUACCUGCACGUUAAAACACUCGUUAGCUCUAUAGGAAUGGGGUUUAUCUACAAACUUGUUGCGAUGUUGUUUUUGACGGCGAAUCAUUCAUCAAUGACUACAUCUGCCAUUGAACUGGUGUUCGAAAACAGUGUAGUCUGCUGAAAUUACCGUCAAACUUGCUGAGUUAUUUCUUCAAUACAAACUUUCCUGCCCCCAACCCCCCCCUUUUUUUUUUCAAAUGAAUCACGGUUUUAUUGACCUUUUUAUUUUUAAAGGAGCAGUGACAUGUUGUUUUGAUUACUUGCUAAAUUACCUUCAGCUUGAAGAAAUCGCAAACUCUCUAUUUGGUUAAAAAAAAAAAACAUACAAAGAAAUAAUGAGGAUGGUUGAGAAACAAAUUGGAAACAUUUAGGCUGAUUAUUCUUUGCUGUACAAAACACGGUAUAGCUCCUUCAAGGCUUUUCACUGGAAAGUAAUCGUCGUUGUGAGAAUUUUGGUCAACGACUACAUCAAAGCGUUGCGUGAUGACUUACUUAUGUAGAAUAACUAAGCGAAAACUGUCCCGUUUGCAUUUCAGGAGUCUCCCAUGGAUUCCCCAGAGAAGUAUAACUCAAUCAAUGGUAGUCACAGCGUUCCAGAUGACACGCCCAAAAAGAAAAAGGGAAUCUUUUCCAAAGGAAAACAAAUGUUUAAAAAGAUCGCCAAAGGACACAAUUCGCCUCGAGGGAACAGUUCUAAAAGAUAGCGUUGCUGAGCUAACCAGCUGCUUUUAAAAUAUUGAAAAUGUCUUGUAAAUUGAUUAUUCGAAAGUUCAAGCGAGUGAAAUUUAGUUUUAUAGCUUUUAGAGAAGUCCAUUUUUAUAAACGGGUUGUAUUUUAUUCAGUGUAAAGGGGUUUACUAUUGUAUAUGUGGGCUUGGCCCUUAAUUUAUAAAAACCCGAAGAGUUCUAUUGGGUGCUUCCCUUGAUAUGGAAGUUAUUUACCUACUUUUCAGACGGUCAAGGCUGUGGUGGAUGCUUGCUAUACAUACUCGCGCGCAUUUUGAAAUUUUUUCACCGAACGUUGCUGAUUCGUUCUUAUUCAUACACAAAAUAACAGACGCAUAAAGUUCUCCCUGUAUUAAUAACUUGUUUAAACUUUUAAACUUGAAAUCUGAGUGUUUAUUUGUAAUAUAUCUGGUUGAACAAUGACCGAUUUGGAAAUGUGACGCAAAGAUAGCAUUAUAUUGUAUUGUAUUGUAUUUCCCAGAAGUGUUAUGUUAACUAUUAUCAUAUAAUUUAUUUAGCAGAG